AUCGAAGGCAUAUCUUCUACAGAAUAGCACGUAUAGAGUGCGUGAGAACAAGUCAUAGUAUUAUAGUACAGUAUCUGAAUUGAAGUACGAGCACAAUGUCUCAACGGGACGAAGCUGGCACCUUAUUUGAAUUCCUGCACAUGGAAAUGGUUCAUAUGUUCAUGUCUGCGGAAGAAGAAGAGGAGACGGCUAAUAACGAUGUCCGGGAUUUUGUGCAUGUCAAACUAGAGAAGAUCGGCUUUAGCUGCGGUCAAUCUCUCGCAGAAAGGUUAACGCAGGACACACCUCGGAUGACCGAUCAAUUAGAGGUCAUCAAAUUCAUAUGCAAAGAUUUUUGGAUGAAUCUCUUCCAGAAACAGGUGGAUAACCUUCGGACCAAUCACAAGGGCGUGUAUGUACUGCAAGACAACAAAUUCCAAACUUUCGCACCCAUCGCCAACGGCACCCAAUAUAUCGAGCAGAUGUCUCCGUUCUUAGCCAUGCCUUGUGGACUCAUCCGCGGCGCCUUGGCGGCGCUUGGACACACAGCCACUGUACAUGCGGACGUGGUCAACAUGCCCGCCUGUACGUUCCAAAUAAGAAUACAAAGGAUGGAGACGGAAGCUAUACAAUAACACAUCCAAGAAGCAGCAAUUUAAAUUAUAAAUGUACUGACAAACAGCCAAUUAUUUGUAUGUAUUGUAAAUAAAGCGUACCAAAUUUCUACCACCAAAUGUAGAAUCGUAACG